AUGAAUUCUCAAAAUCCGGGCCUGGGGAAAUUCGCGAAACCUAUUUCCAAAAAAUGCACUGUUUGUGCAACGAAUGAGGCAAAAUACACAUGUCCACGGUGUGCUAUUCGAACAUGCUCUCUUUCUUGUUGUAAAUCACACAAGCUAACGUAUAGUUGUUCUGGCAAACGUGAUGUUGCUGCUUAUGUUGAUAAAGAGGACUAUAAUUAUUUUAGUUUUCUGUCUGAUUAUCGAUUUUUGGAAGCGAUAGACAGACUCAACGAUCGCCUUGCAAGAGAUAUCAGCGAGAAUCGACGUAUUGCUAAAAGUCGUCUGAAAAUGCAGUGUCGAGUCAUGAGCAUGGCGCGUUCUCUUGGAAUCAAUUAUCGAUAUUCCCGAUCGCCACUUCUCACAAGAACCAAGGUGAAUCAGACCCACAUUGUUGGUGAUGAGUCGCCUUACAUCUCUUGGACCAUUGAGUUCUGUCUGAUUGAUCCACUCCUAACUGAUUCUCUUAGUAAUACCGUGUCCUGUUACCAAUCAUUUCCUCAAUCAGUCCAUAUUUUAGUUCACAAUUGCUGUCCUUCCUCGUUGAUUUCCGAAAUUUGGAAGACAAAAGUCUCAAAUUUGUCUAGUGAAAAUCAGGAUUCUUUGGCCAAUCCAGACCUCGCCCUUACCUCUGACCCCACCACUCCGAAUCCUUCUGUGACAAGUUGGACCUUGCCAUUGGGGGAAGAUCUCCCUUUCUUCUACAUUGAUUGCUUCGACAAAACCACAAAGCACAUCUCUAGGCACCACAUUCUCGCCUCCUCCACCAGUCUUAUUGAUGUGCUAAAACAUGAAAAUUACAUUGUUCGUGAAUUUCCCACGAUAUGGGUUUCACAAAAGCAAAUCCUUCUAUGA